GCACUUCUUUGCAUUGGCCAGUCAUAUGAACAUAAAUACCAUAAAUACAUUGAUGUUCAUGGUGAAAUAAAAUUAAAUUGUGCUGUCAAAGUGAACACUGGUAGAAACAGUCUGAAGCUAAUGAGUUCAAAGUGCUUUAGCAAAGACUCCUACAGAUCUAUCAGGAGCAAAGUGUAAAGUGAAGACAAGAAAAUGCAAAGAAACCCAAACUUAAAGCCCUCUCUUGCUCUCUCUCACACACACACACUCACAUGAAAUUACACUUUUCAUGAGAAGAUUGUUUGGUGUUUGCAUCCAUUAAAAAUGCAUUAUGCACUGUAUGAAAGAUGAGAAGCCUCCGUGUGGUUGAUCGAUAGAGCUACGUAUCCAUUGUUAUUGGGCGAGGCCAACAGCUUUCCGCUAUUUAGUCUUCUUUCGCACUCGAGAUCCUCACUGGAGAAAGCAGCUGCUGAAGAUGGAGGCCUCCACAGAUGAUUUCUCACAGCUGGAGAGUGGCAUGGCCGGUAUCAUUAAAGUUUUCCAUCAAUACUCGGGUCAGAACUGCACGCUGAGGAAGGGAGACCUUAAAGCUCUCAUCAACAAUGAGAUGAAUCACUUCAUCAAGAAAAUUAAGAACAAGAAGAUCCUGGACCAGCUCUUCACUGAUCUGGACCAGAACGGAGACCUGGAGAUCGACUUCAAAGAGUUCGUAGCCCUCAUCGCCAUGGUUACUUCAGCAUGCCACGAAAUCUUCAACCAGACCCACAAACAUUGAUCAGUAUGUUUGCGCUAAAUGCUCAUUAAACACUUGAGGAAAUCUGGAA